CUAAGGGUUGGCUUCCAAAUCCCCCAUCCCAAAGUUGUAUCUGCCCCAAAAAAAAAAAAAAUACUAUCUUUCUAGCCAUUGAGGGUUUGAAAAGGAAUUAGCUUAUUCCGUUGCGCCAUUUUUCACAACAACUAUUAUCAGAGCUAGGCGCUGCUAAUAUUCAUGUGAACAAUAGAGGUGAAUCAGAGCAAAAUGAUCACGCUGAAUAGUUCAAACUAUUAGUUGUGGAAAGGAAAAAUGGAGGACCUUCUCUAUGUGAAGGAAUUUCAUGAGCCUGUCUUUUUAGAGCAAAAGCUAGACAACAUGAAGGAUGAAGAAUGGAGGUACAAAGAUGGCACUCCUAUAGCAAACCAUGUUAAUGAUUUCCUUGGCAUCAUCAAGGAGUUAGUCAAUUUGGGCAUAGAAUUUGAUGAUGAGGUGAAUGGUCUGAUUCUUCUCAACACCUUGCCAAAAUCAUGGGAGAGUUUUAGAUUAACAACGAUCAACUCUUUUGCUGGUGGUAAAGUCACAUUGGAAAUCACCACAAACAGGAUCUUUGAAGAAGAAAAAAGGAUGCGGGCACUGGGAAUCUUCUCACAAUCAGAUAUUCAAGCUCUAGUCAUGAAGAAUAGGGGCAGGAAUAAUGGAGGGGAAUACUCCUCCAAAGAAUUCAAAGACUACUAUUCCAAGCAUGGCAUAAGGCAUGAGAAGACAGUUCCUGGCACUCCACAACACAAUGGUGUAGCAGAAUGGACGAAUCAGGAAAAAGCUACAAGAUGCUCUAGAGAAGGUGUAGAAGAUCUAACACCAGCAAAAACUCCUUCAAGAAAAAUUGCAAAUGAAGAAGAUGUGCAUGUACCAGAAGAUGAGACAAAGGAGCCAACAAUUGAAGAAGAUGAAGCAAGUGUAGAUGGAGGAAGUAAUGAGCAGGGGGAGCAACACUCACCACAAGAGGGUGGACCUCAGUUGAGAAGGUCCACUAGAGAGCACAAACCAUCUAUAAGAUACCCCAAUUCUAAUUAUCUCUUGAUCACUAAAGAGGGGGAGCCAGAGAACUUCCAUGAGGUACAGUCUCAUAAAGACAAAGACUAUUGGAUGAAGGCCAUGCAGGAAAAAAUGAACUCCCUACAUAAGAACAAUACUUAUGAGCUUGUGGAACUUCCCAAAGGAAGAAAAACCUUGAAGAACAAAUGGGUGUUCAAGCUCAAGAAAGAUGUGGCGAAAAUGAACUCAAUUCAAGUUGUGCUUGGUCUAGCAGCAAGCAUGAAUCUUGAGCUUGAGCAGUUAGAUGUGAAAAUUGCAUUUCUUCAUGGUGAUUUGCAUGAGGAAAUUUAUAUGGAUCAACCAAAAGGUUUUGAAGAAAAAGGGAAGGAGCAAAUGGUUUGCAAGUUGAAUAAGAGCUUGUAUGGACUAAAGCAAGCUCCAAGACAAUGGUAAAAGAAGUUUGACUCUUUUAUGACAAGUCAUGGCUAUAAAAGAACAAAUGCAGAUCCAUGUGUCUACAUCAAAUCAUUCCCUAAUGGCAACUUCAUUAUCCUUUUGUUAUAUGUUGAUGAUAUGCUGAUUUUGGGACAAGAUGUUGAGAAAAUUUGCUUGUUAAAAAAAGAGUUAUCAAGUC